GAAGCGACGCAACGAUGCGAUGCAAUGAUGAAUAGUACUAUAAAAAACAACGUACGAUCAUCUUGUCACGCGGAGCAAUCUUAAAACAAUAUGUCCUGUCACAUCGUGUCGCUUUAAUCCUACAGUUCGAAGGUGAAACAUUUUUUUUGUGCCAUAGAACCUUACAAAGCGUGUUGAAGGUACUAUACUUACCAUCCGGGGAGUGAACUCCAAAAAAAAGGUGAAGCAUUUUGAAACACCCGACACACAAAUGGUCGACAGCGAAAAAGAAAAGAUGCUCAGGGAAUAUAACGAAAUUCUGGAAAGCCUGAAGACGGCGUUCAUGGAAAAGUGGAAGAUGAAAUUGAACGACAACGCAAAGCCGGGUGACUUCGAGCGUUUCCGAACUGUCGGCACCGGUGCCUUCGGCCGUGUCAUGCUCGUCAAGCACAGAUCGACGUCCACGUAUUACGCCAUGAAGAUCCUCGACAAGGCGAAACUCGUGAAGAUGAAGCAAGUGGACCACACGCGUAACGAAAAGCGAAUCCUGCAGGCCAUCAGCUUCCCCUUCACGGUCUUCAUGGAGUUUUGCUUCAAGGCAAGGGUCGAGAGUCGAAGUAACGACAUUGCUAAUCCUUCGAAUCUCGACAAUUCGUACGUGUACAUGGUGCUGCCGUUCGCGCAGGGCGGCGAGAUGUUCACCCAUCUCAGACGUGUGGGAAAGUUCGAUGAGUCGCAGGCGAGGUUCUACGCCGCCCAGGUGGCCUUGGCCCUGGAGUACCUGCACCAUUGCAGCCUGAUCUACCGGGACCUGAAGCCAGAGAACAUCCUGAUAGAGAACUCCGGCUACAUCAGGAUGACCGACUUCGGUUUCUGCAAGAUGGUGGACAGUCGCACGUACACCCUGUGCGGGACACCGGAAUACCUGGCGCCGGAGGUGAUCCUGUCGAAGGGCUACGGCAAGGCCGUCGAUUGGUGGAGCUUCGGCGUGCUGGUCUACGAGAUGAACGCGGGAUACCCGCCCUUCUACGGGCACGACCCCAUGAAGAUAUAUGAAAAGAUCGUCGCGGGCAAGUACAAGUUCGCGCAUCACUUUGGCGAGGAGCUGAGGGACAUACUGAAGAACAUUCUGCAAGUGGACCUGUCGAGAAGGUACGGCAAUUUGAAGGAAGGCAGUAUGGACAUCAAGAACCAUCGCUGGUUCGAAUCUAUCAACUGGGUCGAGAUCUAUCAACAGAAGGUGCGGCCGAGCUUCAUUCCCCAUUGCAGUAACAGCGGUGAUGCUAGCAAUUUCGAUCAAUACGACGAAGAACCGCUCGAGGUCUGCUCCUUUGAUCAGUACAGCAAGGAAUUCGCGAAUUUUUAGAAAUAACAUUCGUAAAUUAACAUUAAAAAAAUAAGAAAUUAAGAUAUUGUGUGUGGAGAUAGUUACUAUAUUGUGUAUAAGAAUAUCUUUAAACAUUUUUUACCGCCAAAGUAAAAUUUGUUUACAAUGACAAUUAAAUGAAAUAAUGUAAAAAGAAGGGAAAAAAAGAGAAGUACAGUAGUCGACAAUAUACUUUUUCUAAAUAUAGAUACAUAUUACUUCUCUUCACGUAUUUCGUACAUAAACCUAAUUAGUUGCAUAGAGUGAUAUUAACUGUAAGUUUGAGAUAAUGUCGCGUUAACAACAAAUAAAAAUGUUCUUUGCUCUGAUAA